AUGAACGAUCAUCAUCUUUUCCCACAACCACCCUCUUCCCACCACCACCACCACCCCCAACAUCUUGAACAUCUCCCAUCCCACCCAGCUCAGCAGCCCUACAACAAACUCCACCCCAUCCAGUUCAGGACCAGACCCUCCUACUUCACCAUUAGGACCACCCUGCCCAACGACUUCAGCAUUUAUUUCCAAAUUCAACGCAUCAAAUACAUCGCCUGUUGCAGGCAGGGAUGUCUCUGCAUUCAAAUCCAGAUGAAGACGACCUUAAAAGAUGGCAUGAUGUUGUACGCCAUGAACAAUUCUGACGCCUUCAUCUUUUGUCUCGAAUUGUUCAACAGCAAACUGAGAUACCUGUACAACAAUCACAAGAUACCUGCAAAACAAUCACAAGAUACCUGUACAACAAUUACAAAAUACAUGUACACAUACAACAAUUUAAGAGACCUGCACAACAGUAACAAGAUACCUGUACAACAAUCACAAAAUACAUGUACUGAUACUUGUACAACAAUCACAAGAUACCUGUACAAGAUGGACAACGUGGUGCACGUUCUGGUGGACGACCUGAAGCCUCCGCUGAACGUCAGCGACAACGACAUCCACGAGGUAACCAUCCAGAGGCCGAGACCCCACCAUAACGUCCUCAGAGUGGACACCACAACCUCCAUCUCCAAUCACACGAACAUCCCUAUUUUGCCGGAAGUCGAAACCGAAAGUGUCAUUUAUUUCGGGGGAAUUCCAGGCCGGAUGUACGGAACCAUACCGGAAGAGGUGCAAUCGAGGGAUGGAUACCAAGGAUGCAUGUUUUCUGUAGACGUUGUGGGAGAUACGUGGCCCAGCUUGAAGGCCAGCAUCGAGAUUAAGGAGGAUUUUCAUGAGUUUGUAGUGGAGAGGUGUGGAGGUAUGUUCAUGUGA